GACAAUCACACAAUGAGAAAAAAACAAUAACAAGGCAACCCACGCAACGCAAUACGAUAUUAAAAUCGGUUUCGGUGACAUAUUAUAUUGUAAAAUUAUUGUUUUUACUUUUAGUAAUUUCAAGAAAGGGGUUAAAUAAACAUGGAACCUAACACAACAUCUGAUGAACAAGUACGAGUUACCGUUAAACCAACGAGAGUGCUACAUUUUUCUGAUGGAGUUGAUGAAGAAAUUGAAGUUGAAGAGGCAACCGAAGUCACCAGCAGCCUCCAUAACGAUGAACCUGUGGAUACAUCAAAACUGGAUUGGUUGCCUUGGAUGUCCCAUUACGCCUGGACUUCUGGAAAUAAAGUUUUAAACAUAGUUGAUGCUGCUGGAGAAUCGCUGGCCAGCUUCUUCGGCAUCACCACACCGAAGUACCAGAUAGAGAUUGAUGAGUAUGAGAGAAUGCAGGAGGAGAAGAGAAAGAUGGAAGAAGAAUCUGCCGGUUGGGUGCCGAGAAAUGGAGGAGGAGAUAUACCUUUAGUCAUGAAUGAGCCUAAGAAAGCUGUUGACACGGAGAAUCAUGUUUGAUGUUGUUUUUGUUAGGCCUGUCAGAACAAGGCUGAGAGGGACUUGUAAAGUAUGACAAAAAAAAACUAAAAGUUACUUUAAAAAAUGGAAGGUUUCUCAUACUCAGCUUUAAAAUGGAAAUGAUUUAAGUUUUAUGGUUGUAUUAUUGCACUUAUAUUUAACACGGUGGAAAUGUAGGUCUCUGUUGCAGGAUUGUUCUUUUGUUAUCAAACAAUUAUAAUUUAUCUACUUAUAUGAGAUUGACUUGAAAAAGAAUGAUUAUGAAUUGAUCUAUGGUAUUCUAGUGAAUUUAUAAUACUAUUUAGUAUUGUAUAUUUUUCAUUUACGUAAUGUAUUGUGUACUGAUAGAAUGAUUUAUGUUUUCAUAUUUGAAAAUGUCAUUAUUAAUAUUAUGAUAAGCUGUAUUUAUUUGUUUUGUGUAAAGUUUGGUUUAGAAUUCUUGUUAUUGACUAAAAAGGUUAAUUUCAUUGAAAUUUAUUACUUUGUUAGGUUAAAUGAUUAAUUUUUAACACAAGACUAAUGUGAAUGUUAUGAGGUGGCAUGUGGGAGUAUUUUGUCUCUGCCUACCCCUCCGGAGAGUGGCGUGAUUUUUAUGUAAUACAUUACAGGGUAGGCACAACAUGUCUGCAUAAAAUGCAUAUCACUUAUUCUUAGGUACCUUUAUUGAAUUUUGGCAUAGAAUUCAGAAUUAUAAAAUUUGGUUUAUGCAAACUUCAAUACAGCAGAAUAUAUACAGCUGAAUGUGGCCUUUCGGGCUUUACAAGACUGUUGGCUCUGUCUGCUCCGCAACGGAUAUAGACGUGAUAGUAGGUAUUUACGCCUUCAAAGAAAGGCUAUAAUGUUUAGGAAGAGUGUAGCUAGGAUUCAGUACAGGGAGAGAAAUGAAGAAAAGAAAGCUAAGGCAUAGCUUUAUUAGUACAUCACUUGUUUAUAAAUUUUUAUAAUCUAUACUAAUAUUAUAAACCUGAAGAGUUUGUUUGUUUGAACAUGCUAACCUCAGGAACUACUGGUGCGAAUGAAAAAAAUCUUUUUGCAAAUUUAUGCGAAAAUUUGAAUAAACCAUUUGUAGAGAAAGGCUUUAGGCUAUACCUAUAACAAAUAACAUCACGCUGCAAAGAAAUAAUGGAAAUAUGUAAAAACAUGGAAAAUUAUUCAUCCUUGAUGACUAACUCCAAAAUAACUAUUUCACGGACGAAGUCGCGGGCACAGCUAGUAAAAUAUACUUAUUCUGUGGUAACACUGUCACUACUUUUAUUGAUCUUAAUGCAUUUUAUUCAUAUGUAUAAAUUACGUAGUAUUAACUCUCUAGUUUUUAAUAAACACUAA